AUGCCCCGCGCAUUUUUGCCCAGAGACACUCUGGCCCAGGGCAGGCCUAUUUCCACAUCACUUCCCUCAUACACUUCCUCUGCGUCUCUACCGCCUAAGCCGCUUCCUUCCUUCAAAAGGAAUAGCGCUGCAUCGACCGGUAAAGCACCCCAAGUACACAACGGUAUCGUUCCGCCCAACGAGCGCUACCACCCAUACCAACGCGAUCCCCGGCGCACUCACCGUCUGACUCAGGGGAAUCUCGUCCAAGCGAAGCCCCCACAAGCCAGCUCACAAGGCAUUACAGCUGAGCGUCGCCAACAGGAGCGCAAGGUUAGCCUCUGGCUCGAAGGAAUUCCAAGAGACGCGCUUACCCCGUCCAUUCCACUCCAACCCCCUCACCCCUACGCUACAUUUUCCGCCAUCGACGUUCUCAAUUUCGCGCUCUCAAAGAGCUACCAUCCUCGUGGGAUCCACGAAAAUCCCAAAGGUACUCUCCCCGAGAACAUUGCGCUGACCGUAUACGCUACCAUUCAGCGAUACAAAGUCCUGCAGCAGCCUCACAUCGCGGCCAAGUUCACAGAGGAGCAGUUGAAGUGCCGAGAUAGAAUUCUUCGACACCUAUCAGUAAUAAACGAGCGCAUCAGAGCCGGGCACGAUUUCACGUUCGUCGACAAGUGCAUUGCUAUCAAGCUUUGCGUAGGACUAGGGAAGAUUCCCUUCAAGGGAAUCAAUAAGGAGCAGGAGCGCGUAGGCAAGGAGAUAGUGAAUUUCAUGCCGAGAUACGUGAUCGGCUUCAUAUAUGAGAACUACAUCGUGGACUUUUAUCGCCCAGCACAGGGACAACUCACAGUCAUCUGCACUGCGUACUUCAUCUAUCAACCUCUCGUCACCAACUGGCAGCAAGUACUUUACCACUACAUGGUACAAGUACAUGCCUACACCACCUACUCGGCACCAUUCCGCCUCAUUCCAGAUUUUGAGGAAGAACGGAAAUAUUGGCACUACCGAGCAGAAUCUCUACGAGAGGGACUAGAAGAAGAAGGACUUAUCGAGGAAGACCCCGAACCCUUCUAG